UGUGGGCCUAAUUCAAUUAUUAUUUUUUGGUCCUAUUAAAAAAAAGUUUGUUCUGCAGUCAGUCGCUGCCAGAGGUUGGACUGUUACCGUGGUGACGACAGCUUCCUGUUCCGGUGGCGUGAUGAGAGCCCGUCUCAAAAGAGGAGGGUGUAUACAGUGCCAUCAAGGGGACUCAGUUCAGCUGCGAGGGGGCUUCACAGCGAGUGUAGUUUGUAGGGAGUAGGGCAAGUGUGUAGCCACUGAUUGGGAAAGGGCCAAAGGCACCAUCCAGACAGCAGCAUGUCUUCCGGAAACAGAACCUCUCAGGGGUUGUACCACCAGGUGGUGCCACAGUAAGCUUCCCUCGUUCCAGUUCCCUCAUGCUUGAACUGUUGGACUUGCUUGAACUACAGGCCAUCUUCUCACGUAUCCAACAAUCUGUGAGGGUUUACCUCCUGUCACCCUCAGAGCAAACACACAAACAUGGUCUGACCUGGUUGGAAGUCUGCUAAUCCCAUCAGGCACCUGAGCGAUCAGACACACCACAUGGUUAAUCUGACCCAUUAAUGACCGGCCUUUUUUUUUCUGUUUCAGAGGAUCCUGAUGAGAUUACCGAUGCACUCAGACAUCUGUUGRUUAACAUCAGAUCAUUCCACUGAUCUGCUGCUCCUCCUCAGUCUGACUCUGCUCUGCUUCUUGUUGGUCUUUAUUCUCAGUUUUGGAAACCACGCAAGCUACGACCUGACAGCUUUGUUGUUUUCACUUUAUUUUUUUAUCAGCGUAGUGAAGACUGGAUGUUGAUUUCUGAAUAACAAACCCAUCAACACCCAGAGGUCUGAGACAGAAACGCAACAAAGAAACUUGGAACAGGAAAUUACAUGUCCAGCUAAAAGAAACAUGAAUUUAAAGAAAGCAAUUUUUCAGUCCAGUGAUGCUGUGAGGAAUGAAGCUGAAGAAGUCGACUGAUGUGGACUGAAGAGUGACAGAAGAACCAGGAUAAUAAAAAGUCUCAACAUAAAGAAACUAGAGUAAGAAGAUUACUCAGAAGACACGCCGACUUCAAGAAGACGAUGAUGGAUUAAACUGAAGCAGGAGUUCUCACAGCUUCAGACAAUUACAUGAAACCUCCAUCAGAACCAGGAGGCACACUGCCAUCCCCUUAGCAGCUGCGAGGGUUGAAAUUGCCUCAUGUAACCAUGGCCGACACCAAAACUGGACUUAGAAAUGGGGACUGUGAGGCAGCACGACAGCCCAGUGACAUCACCAUCAGUUCAAACAUUAACCCUGCCCACGGCCUGCGGAGGAAGCACCUGCUGUGGCAGACGGCAGUCAGGAACAUCAUCGACCAGCACAACCUGUACUCCCUGAGGCUGGCCGGAGGACUGGAGAGGGGUCGACACCGCAUCACCGUCACUGACGCCUACAUCGCAGACAUCAACAGGCAGAUUCGAAACAAGUCAUCACGUGGGACUUUCUGGCAGAAGCGUCGCUCGUCUGCGGCACGCAUUCAUCCAACAUCAGAGAAGAUCUCGGCGGAACACCAAACCAAACAACGCUCACUUACCGACUCUGACUUCUUUGUGUCAUAUGGGUCAACGGUCCGAGGAGUCUUCAUUCCCACGCUAAAGCUAACGUUCAAGUCUGAGGAGUUCGAGCAGCUCUACCAGCAGUUUUCUUCAGCUCAGAGAAGAACCUCGCUGGUCGUCACCAACCUUAUUGACAUCUUCACCCGACUCUUUGUCUCGCUGCUAACAUGGCCAAUGGGCUGGGGGGGUGUGGCCUGUGAUUGGCUGACGAGCCUGACGGUUGUCCUGUGGGCGGGGAUGUUCUUGCUGUCGCUGGUUAAGAAGGAGAUGAUGAUGUCACCUCAGGGGCUCAGGUUCCUGUCAAUGGUCAGCUGGGCGUCUCAGACCGUCCAGGUGUUGGUUGGAGUUUUCACCUGGAGUGAGAUGAAUCACUCCUGGUACGUAUUUUUUACGCUGUUCUCAACCUACACACUGCUGCCCCUCCCACUUCUCUGGUCCAUCGUUGGCGGCGCAACCACCUCAACCCUGCAUCUCCUUGUGGACGUCAGCAAAAACUACAGCGACCAGAUUGUCAUUAGAAAGGUGAUGUCGAAGGCCUUUCUUUAUCUGGCUGUGAACAUGGCAGGUGUGUUUAUUAACUACCUGUCUGACCGGACUCAGCGGCAGAGCUUCCUAGAGACCCGGCGCUGCAUCGAAGGACGGGUCCGACUGGAGAGGGAAAACCACAGACAGGAGCGUCUGGUGAUGUCCAUCCUGCCUCGCUUCCUGGUCCUGGAGAUGAUCUCUGACAUGACAGCUGCAGAUGAUUAUCUGCUGCCUCAUCAGUUCCAUAAGAUCUACAUCCACCACUACAAGAAUGUCAGCAUCCUAUUCGCAGACAUCAUCGGCUUCACGUCUCUUUCUUUGAUACUCUCGGCACAGGAACUCGUUAAAACUCUUAACGAGCUUUUUGGGCGCUUUGAUAAGCUGGCUGAGAAGCACCAGUGUUUGCGGAUCAAGAUUCUGGGGGACUGUUAUUACUGCGUCUCUGGGGUCCCGGAGCCACAGAGGGGACACGCCCGCUGCUGUGUGGAGAUGGGCCUCAGCAUGAUCACCACCAUUCGAUAUGUUCGCCAGGAGCUGCAGCAGGAAGUAGACAUGCGGAUCGGCGUCCACUCAGGUUCUGUCCUCUGUGGUAUAUUGGGCCUUCAAAAGUGGCAGUUUGACAUCUGGAGCUGGGACGUCGACAUUGCCAACAGCCUAGAGGCUGCAGGAGUGCCAGGGCUGGUUCAUAUCUCGAAGGCCACUCUGGACUGUCUGGAUGGGAUCUACGAGACAGAGCUGGGGCACGGCCAGGACCGAAGCGAGUUCCUACGGAAACACAACAUAGACACAUAUCUGAUCCGCCCAGCGCCAUGGGAGGAAGCUCAACCCCGGAGGGCGAGGCGUCCAAGCUACGAUGAAAUGACCACGUGGAGCGCAGAGCUGCCGUUUGGAGACAUCCUGGGCAUGAAUUUUGUCCUGGCCACUUUCACCAACGGCUCUCUGACUAUGCUGCCCAAUCACAUCGCAGCUCAACGAUCGGGCUCACGUGAAGUCAAUAAAAGAAUUCGUCAGGCAAUGGAAGUUCGAAGCAGUGAGCGAAUGAGGAAGGAGCACAUCACUACCUUCACUCAGGUGUUCAAGGACUCCCAAAUGGAGGGAAAGUACUCUCAGAUCAGAGAUGAACUUUUUAAGUCCAACAUGGUUUGUUCAUUCAUCCUGCUUAUCCUGUUGAUGGCCGUUCAGAUGCUGAUUCCUGCUCCCAGGCUGUGUCCAAUGGUGGCGCAGUUCAUCCUCKGUGGCUGCAUUUACUUCCUGCUCCUGCUGCUGACUCUGGGGGAGGAAUUUAAACGUUGUCCCGCCAAGCUGCAGUCACUAUGUUGCUGGGUUCAUGAAACCAAAGACGCUCGAACGCUGCUCACACUCACCGCCAUCACAGUAAACUCCGUGAUCGCCACUGUGGACAUYCUGUGGUGUGAUUUGUCAGAAUCCAGUGGUGGGGGGUCCAAGCUGGCUUCACCCACUUCCACCUGGCCUAACAUCAACAUCUGCACCCACCCAGAGUUCAUGGUGCUGAGCUGCGUCGUUGCAAUGGUUACCUGUGCAUUGUUCCUACGGCUGAGCUGCAUGCUCCAGCUGACAUUCCUGCUGCUGGCUUCCAUCUCCUACACUUACGUCAUCGAGACGCACAGCUCUCAUCACCUGUGCAGGCGGGGGGUCUGUAUGCUUCUCAUGGUGAUGUUCGUGGUGGCAGUUCUCUACAACAGCAGACAGCUGGAUGCGAUGGCUCGGCUGGACUUCCUGUGGCGCCUGCAGGCAAGGAAGGAGGUGGAGGACAUGAAGGAGCAGAGGGAACACAAUGAGUGUCUGCUGCUCAACAUCUUGCCAACUCAUGUGGCGCAGCACUUCCUGGAAAGAGACCCCAAUGAUGAGGAGUUGUACUCUCAGUCAUACGAGCGUGUUGGUGUCCUGUUCGCGUCUCUGCCRGGAUUCUCUGAUUUCUACGAGCAGAAAGAACUCCUCCAUCAGCACGUCGAAUGCCUCCGCCUCCUCAAUCAGAUCAUCAGUGACUUUGACGAGGUAUCGCCCACGGCCCAGUGAUUGCAGGUGUGAUCGGCGCCACCAAACCUCAGUACGAUAUCUGGGGCCUGUCGGUGAACAUGGCGAGCCGGAUGGAGAGCACCGGAGUCGAAGGGAGGGUCCAGGUCCCAGAAUCCACCAGCUGUAUUCUAAUGGAGCGAGGCUUCCUACGGCAGCUCAGAGGGGACAUUUAUGUCAAAGGGAUCAGUGAGCGCCACGGCAAAGUCCGUACUUACUUCAUGAGCAGUCGAGAUGAGCGGUCCAGUUUCGUGGAGCGCGGCGGUGGGCGGGGAUUCAGUCUGAACAGGAACACCCUGGGAGCAGUGGUCUACAGUCUUGUUCAGGCCAGGAAGAGGGACAAGCUGAGAGAGGAGAACGGAGGCUUCCACCUGGUGGAGGCCACCUAGAAGAGCCAAGUCAGAAGCCAAAAAGCUAAAACACAAACGGCAGCACUGUUCAGAGGAAAAGAAAAUAGACUUUUCAAAAUAACAMUAAGACCACAUGUUCCUCCUGUAAAUGUUUAAUCAAAUGAUUGUUCUAUUUACCUGUUUCAUGUAUUGACACAUUAAUUUUCUACUAUUUAUUUUCUCAUUUAGAUUUUCACAAUAAAAUUCAUGAGUCUACCUCUGAUGGCCAUUUCACCAUAAUCACAAUGUUAUUUACUGUCUUUAUUUAAGAAAUAUUUUAUAAUAAAACCUUAGUUUAACAAUGUUAUUGAUUUUAUGUUGUUUAUUUUUACUUUUGCCAGAAUACGAAUAAACAUGUAAAUACAUGAUUAUUUUGAUUUCUUUUUGAAGAGUUGUCUUUCUAGUUAGAAAUUUUAAUACAGGCAAUAAAACAAAUUUUAUUUUACAAAUAGUUCUUUUAUAAACCUAAUAUUCUGACACUUGUACUGUUUUAAUUUUUUUUACAAGAAAAUGCAAAUAAAAGUAAUACACCGCAAAUCACCCUGCACAUGUUUAAAUAUUGCUCAGAUCAUUGGAUAUGUAUCUGCUAAAAAGUAUUUGUAUGUGGUUAUUCUGAUUCAAAAACGGUGGUUACAUCACGGCCUCUAGUGACUCAGCAGAUUUUGGGUGAAAAAAGAUUUUGCAUUCAGGUUUAAAACAACAGUUUAUUCCACCUGGAGUCCCUCAGGACUCAGUGUUUGGWCCCAUUUUACAUCUCAACUACCUCUGUGAUCUACCUGAGGUUCCUCAGUUGCUGCUGUGACAGAAAUAUGAUUUUAUAUUCUGUAAAGUUUAACCUGUAAUGCAUCAAUGUGAAGGACUAGGGAAGACUGGGUUUUUUUGAGAUCCUGAGACCGAAUCAAAUGGAUUCCAAGCUGAAUAAUGAAUCACAUGAAUGAGUGAGAGAAGUGAGACUAAUGUGGACCUCAUGCUGUCUUUAAUGUCUUAAAGAAAACUGGAAGCAUUUUUUAAAAUCUUAAUUCUCUCAGUUGUUCAGUUGGUUUCAGAUUUUACGUGGAACUUCAAGAAUUUGUUCUGUCUUCAUAUCAGUUGUGUUUUUACCCUCUGGUGGAUCAGCUGAAUAACAGAUGACUGAUUAAACUUGUGGCGUUUCA